GUCUUAUAAAAGAAGUUAAGACAACUAACCGGUACUUCACUUCAGUAUCAGCUGAGCUUGAUACAAUUCCAGUAAAAACGAUUUGAUUCCAUUGGACUUUUUUAAUAGCUCUCCCCCCUCUAACACUUUCAAGAUGGUUGGACUGAAACCCUCAGAUGUGCCCCCUACUCCAGGUGUGAAGUUCCUCAGUGCUGGAACAGCUGCCUGUAUCGCAGAUCUCUUCACUUUCCCACUGGACACGGCUAAAGUCAGAUUACAGAUUCAAGGUGAGAAGGCAGCUGUUGAAGCUGCUAAGAAUAUCCGAUACAGUGGAGUGUUUGGGACCAUUGCCACCAUGGUUAAAACAGAAGGUCCAAGGAGUGUCUACAAUGGAUUAGUAGCUGGACUGCAGAGGCAGAUGGCCUUUGCUUCAAUCCGCAUUGGCCUCUAUGACUCAGUCAAGCAGUUCUACUCCAAUGGGAAAGAAAGUGCUGGAGUUGGAAUCAGGAUCCUGGCAGGCUGCACCACUGGUGCAAUGGCAGUGUCUGUUGCACAGCCCACAGAUGUGGUGAAAGUCAGAUUUCAAGCUCAGUUGACCCUUAAAGGUGUUGAGAGGAGGUACAAGGGCACCAUGCAGGCCUACAAAGCCAUUUUCAGGCAAGAGGGGAUUCGAGGACUUUGGAAAGGCACUCUACCAAACAUCACCAGAAAUGCCAUUGUUAAUGCCACAGAACUUGUAACUUACGAUAUCAUUAAGGAGACAAUCCUCAAGUACACACUGUUGACAGAUAAUUUACCCUGCCACUUCUUUUCGGCUUUUGGAGCGGGGUUCUGCACCACAGUUGUUGCGUCUCCAGUCGAUGUUGUAAAGACCAGAUACAUGAACUCUCCCCUGGGGCAAUACAAGAGCGCUGUCAACUGUGCCUGGACCAUGUUUACUAAAGAAGGACCAACAGCUUUUUAUAAAGGAUUUGUUCCCUCAUUCUUAAGGUUGGGUUCAUGGAACGUAGUGAUGUUUGUGUCCUUUGAACAACUGAAAAGGUUAAUGAUGAUGUCCAAGCAGUCUUUGGAGGGUACUGCAUAAACAUUCCCUCCUAUGGAGGACAAUAAUCUCCAAUUCAAAACCUACGAUUAUAUUUUCUUAAGCAUGAUUUGCACAGGACUAAAAAUCAGGUGUCCUCAGAGUUGGUCAGAAGCAGAGGACGUCUAGUCACCUCCCAGACAUGGAUUAGUUUUCAUCAAGGAAAGUUGGUAAAUUCAAAAUGAAAUGCGAUGUUGUGGCCAGAGAAGGCGCGUUUGUGCAUGAUUUGUAAAUUUCGUUGUACCUUCUUUUCCAAAGGCUAGAAUAACCAUUUAGUUCCUUAAUGGAUACGUAUUUCCGUACAUACCUUCAAAUGUACCAUUCAGUCAGCAAUUAUGUUUUGUAUUUUCACUCCAAUCCCGCUUGGUUAUGCUUAAUCGUUGCGUUUUACUGAACUGUUGAAUCUCAGGACAGAUUGUACCAAUUUUUAUAUUAUAUUGUGGUUUAUUGUAAAGGCUGGUAUUGCUUUGAGGCGAAUACCCUAACAUAACUCUGACAUGGUCGAUUCAAACAGGAGUGAAAAGACACAGGACAUCUGAGUUUCAGAUUUUACAGAAGGUCCUGAUAUCAGGGAUAAAAAGAAAUUUCACAGAAAAUUCAGAAAACACUUGUUUACGUGGUGAUUUUUAGGGCUUUAGCUGCAAUCAAUAUAUCCAAUGGACUGAUAAACCUGAGCCUUGAAAAAAAAAAGACAUGAAAGAUAUUAGAAUAUCCUGGAUUUCAGCACUCAGUGGACUUAAUUUCACACCUUUGUCCACCUAAUCUUUCAGAGCUUGAAGUGAAAACAUACCAUUGUAGUGUCAGAGCAACACACUUUUUGAUCAACUGUCAUAUGGUAAUUACUCUUUUGUCAAUGAGGAAUGAAGGUUAUGCAUUUAGACUGACCAUAACCCUGUAGUCCCUUAUUAGUCCUCUGCUUUACGAGGAUGGGGGUUUAGGCACAGGCCGUUUCUUGGGAAUCUCAAACUGGCUGUUUCUUAACUGGUGAAACACAGAUUUCACUUUUUGUACAGGAAACAAUAAAUAAAUAAAUAAAUAAAUAAAUAAAGAAAGAACAGAUCGUUCAUUGCCAACUGCUUUUAACUGCUGUGCACAAUGAUCCCAGCUUGCACUGGCCGUAUAGAUACCCAGAUCCCUGUGAAAGUCACUGGAGGAGGGAACUAGAGGGGGUGUAUCGUGGUCUCACAGGCCCUCCUGUUCUGAAGAUCAAAGUCUUUUUUUAACUUCAUAUGUCAUAUGAUGUACUACAUAGACAUAACUGAGAGAAAAUGUUUAGAGAUUAUGCAGUCUGUAUAAUGUGAAGCUACUGAAAUAUGUAUUUAUAUUGAAGAUUAAUUGUAACAAAAUGUACCUUUUUAUCAAAACAUUCUGUUGUUGACACUUUAUUAUAUUCAUAGACCAUUCCUCUACCUAACUUUUGUAACAUGUUUGGCUGGCAACCUUAAUCUUCAACACAUUCACCCACAUGGUAAUUAAAGACAGUGAGAUGAACCCCAACCUUUAAAAGAAACGGUUGGAGAAAUGACACAGGGGUACAAUAUUCUGCAGUGCAUAUUGUAAAUGAGCCUGAGCUACCAACAGCAUUAUUACAACAGAAUUUAUUUGGUGAUAUCACGUUUUCAUUUUACUAUUGCUGGGAAAGCUUCCAGCCAAUGAAUCUAGAAGACAGCAUUUUACAGCGCAUGAUUUGACAGGCAGUGGUACACCAGUGGCUCUGUGCUUGUAAUGGUUAAUGAAUUCCUAAAUCAAGUCUAUUACAACAUAGAAGUGCAACUACUGUAAAAUUAGAAGGUGCCAGGAGCUUUGUACAAUCUACUCUGAGUUGUUUCAGGUAAACCCUCUCGGCCAAGUGGGGUUACCAUUUGUGAAAGCAUUUAUAGUUAUAAAAAGUAGGUCUUUAAAAGUUAUGGCAAGUCAAAAUACUCUAGUGAUAGUGACUAAGGCUGAUAUUAAAGAAUCACAAAAAAAAAAACAAUAUUAACCCUCAUAAGGACACGUUGGAAAAACGGACUUUCCUGGUAACCUGG